AAAACAGCCACUUACCUGUCCCUCGGUCCCGCGGUGUGUUCCCUGCAGCCCAUUUCACCAGCCGUCCUGUAUUUCAGGAGGCCGGCUUCUUCAGUGUGGGCACCCGGCUGUGAAGCUGCAAGCUGGGUACCCACUGCGCAUGCGCAAGUAGCACUGCACUUCAUGAAUGGUCCUGUGGUCUUCUGGGACCUGUCACAUGUCCCAAAAGACUACAGGGAGGGAGGACACCUUCCGCUUCCGAUCGUCUAGAUGAUCGGACCAGAAGUGGGAGCGGGUACCUGUCAAAUUCGGGUACCCGCCCUCCAAAGGUGCCAAUCCUUAAUGGAGAGUGGGGGAGCAGUCCUUAAAGCGGAACUUCCACUUUUGGGUGGAGCUCCACUUUAAG